UCACGCGCGCCGGAAGUGGCGGUGCUCCGCGGCGGCGCGCCGAGCGGGCCGGCCCUGCGCUGGCCAGGUGUGCGGCUCCCCAGAGGCGGCAGCGCUGAGCUCCGGGCUCGCUCUUUAGACACUUCACUGUAUUUAGAAGGUUGGUUGAAUUAACUUUGAGCUACGAGUGAACAUCAUAUGUAUAAUACAUGCACAGUGCACAGAAGAUGGAAUCGAGAUGUAACAGCAGAAAGGGAAAAGUCACCACCCAUAUAAUGGAUUUUAUAGAUCAGAUUGCUUAGUGUGGAUAUCAUGGUAACAAUACAGGAAAUGUACUUAAUUUCUCACUUCUGCAAGUAGUCAUGGCUACUGAAGAGAGGAUCGUUUUAAACUACAGCAGAGUUCAUUUGGGUACCUUUUAUGGAAAUCUUAAUUUUGUUUUUAACUUUUGGUAUUUUUUUGUAAAGUUAUGAACAAGCAAAAGGCUUGUCUUGUCAGGCAAACACACAAUAGUAAGCAUGUCUAGAAGAGGACCAGUUCUUCACAGCCGGACCCAGUGGCUGCUGUUGGGCCUUGCUUUGCUCUUCAGUUUAGUAUUGUUUAUGUACCUCCUGGAAUGUGCUCCCCAGACUGAUGGAAAUGCGUCUCUUCCUGGUGUUGUUAGAGAAAAUUAUGGUAAAGAGUAUUACCAGGCCCUCCUGCAGGAGCAAGAAGAACAUUACCAAACCAGGGCAACCAGUCUGAAACGCCAGAUUGCCCAGCUAAAGCAAGAAUUACAAGAAAUGAGUGAGAAGAUGAGAUCUUUGCAAGAGAAAAAGAAUAUAGGGGCUAAUGGCAUAGGCUACCAAAGCAACAGAGAGCAAACACCUAGUGAUCUCUUAGAAUUUCUGCAUUCCCAGAUCGACAGAGCUGAAGUUAGCAUAGGCGCCAAACUCCCCAGUGAGUAUGGAGUCGUUCCCUUUGAAAGUUUCACUUUAAUGAAGGUAUUUCAGUUGGAAAUGGGGCUCACUCGCCAUCCUGAAGAAAAGCCAGUUAGAAAGGACAAACGAGAUGAAUUGGUAGAAGUUAUUGAAGCUGGCUUGGAGGUCAUUAAUAAUCCUGAUGAAGAUGAUGAACAGGAAGAUGAGGAGGGCCCCCUUGGAGAGAAACUGAUAUAUAAUGAAAAUGACUUCAUAGAAGGCUAUUAUCGUACUGAGAGAGAUAAAGGCACACAGUAUGAACUCUUUUUUAAGAAAGCAGACCUUAUGGAAUAUAGACAUGUGACUCUCUUCCGCCCUUUUGGACCACUCAUGAAAGUGAAGAAUGAGGUGAUUGACAUUACGAGAUCAGUUAUUAAUAUCAUUGUGCCACUUGCUGAGAGGACUGAAGCGUUUUCACAGUUUAUGCAGAACUUCAGAGAUGUUUGUAUUCAUCAAGACAAGAGGAUUCAUCUCACAGUUGUGUAUUUUGGGAAGGAAGGACUAUCUAAAGUCAAGUCUAUCCUAGAAUCUGUCGCAAGUGAGUCUAAUUUUCACAAUUACACCUUGGUCUCACUAAAUGAAGAAUUUAAUCGUGGACGAGGACUAAAUGUGGGUGCCCGUGCCUGGGACAAGGGAGAGGUCUUGAUGUUUUUCUGUGAUGUUGAUAUAUAUUUCUCAGCUGAAUUCCUUAACAGCUGCCGGUUAAAUGCUGAGCCAGGUAAAAAGGUGUUUUAUCCUGUGGUGUUCAGUCUUUACAAUCCUGCCAUUGUAUAUGCCAACCAGGAUGUGCCGCCCCCUGUGGAGCAGCAGCUGGUUCAUAAAAAGGAUUCUGGUUUUUGGAGAGAUUUUGGCUUUGGGAUGACUUGUCAAUAUCAAUCAGAUUUCCUGGCUGUUGGUGGAUUCGACAUGGAAGUAAAAGGCUGGGGUGGAGAAGAUGUUCAUCUUUACCGAAAAUACUUACAUGGUGAUCUUAUUGUGAUUCGGACUCCAGUUCCUGGUCUUUUCCACCUCUGGCAUGAGAAACACUGUGCAGAUGAGCUGACUCCUGAGCAGUACCGAAUGUGCAUCCAGUCCAAGGCCAUGAACGAGGCCUCUCACUCCCACCUGGGAAUGAUGGUCUUCAGGGAGGAGAUAGAGAUGCAUCUUCGCAAACAGGCAUACAGAACAAACAGCGAGGCUGCUGGGUGACGGUCAUCAGCACGUGAGAGUCAGGACCGCAGACCAGCACUGUUUACUCAGCCUUAAUUCCAAUUCCAGAUUCUGUGCCUCUUCCAGAGAAAAACUUAUUUUUCAUGUUCUUUCUGAAUUUUUUUUUUUGUAGUUCAACUUGAUGUAAAAAGAAAAAAGUUUUUUGAUGCAAAGCCUGCACUGUGAGAGUGCUGUAGUAUGAAACGGUUGGCAAAAUGAAAUUUGGUAUUUGUUCCUAAAAUAGUUUGAAUUAGGUUCUGCCUGUGUUCUGAUUGGUCCUGGGUGUGUGCGAGGCUGAUGUUGGGUUGGUCAGCACAUUCCUAUGGGGGCAGAACAUUGGUUGGUCAUGAUGUUCAAACAGAUGUCACCUGCUGACUGCUAAGUCAAUCAUCCAGCUUCAGCCUUUAAAUGAGAGCUUUCUCUGAUCACAUGUAGAAUAUUUUUCUUACAGAGAAUAAUUAAAUGACAUAUCUGAAAUCUACAGUCCAUCACAAAGGCAUAAAUCAAAGCCCCUUAACUUCUUGAUGCUUUACCUCUGAAUAUCUGUUUUUAAGCAAAUGGAUGCAAUAUAUAUAGUUUAGAAUUUAUGGUUUGAUUAUAAAUAAAAUAUAUUAUUAUGUAAUCAUGUUCAAGAUGCAUAGUCAAAGUUGCAGUAGAUUGUUUUGAACAUUUUAUUAAAUUGGAACGCAGGAAAAUAACUGGGAACAUCUUUUUAUAUAAGCCAGAUGCUUCCUAAAGAGACAUAGAAAACAUGAACAUUACAGCAUGGUUUUGUAUGGCUUUGUUUUGCACUGUCUUGUUUAGCAUGGGUACAUAUAUAUUUAUUUUCUUGUAUGUUAAUAUUUGCCAUAACUGUGUUUGCAUUUGUAUUAUACUUUCAGUUGAAAGAGUUUCAUUGAAAAAAUUUAAUGUGUUAUAUAUAAUAAGAUCACUCUUGAUUUGAGAAAAAGGAAGGAAAAGUAAUCUGAUAAAAAUAUGAAUUAUGGAGUAUUUAAAAAAUUACAUACAGAUUAAAUGUUAUUUUAAUUGAAGUGUAAAUUAUAUUAAUGAGGCAAGGUGAGUAAGAAAUUAUGUUUCGAUAGAACUGUACUAUAAUAUUUAUCACAUGUGGAUAUUUUAUCAUUGGGCCGUUUACUAGAUCCAGAAUGGAGAGGAAGUAAAAGGCAUGCAUAAUUUUUUUAACCCUUGACUUUUAAAAGGGACCUACUAUUUGUAUAUAACCCAUGAAAACGCAGAGAAAGUCUUUUUUUUUUUUUCAAUAAAUCAUACUGUCUCAAAUGUUACAAAUGCCAAAUUUCUAGGUGCUAGAGUGAGUCCAAUUUAAUAAUAAUUGCUGAGGGUUCUGGUGGGGGUAGUGUUGAGGUGUUUUUGAAGAUGUAUAAAUUGCUUCCUUCAGAAUAAGCAAAGCCAGCGUCUCCUUUGUACACAGUUAUUUAUUGUGAAGACCAGUGAACGUGGCAUUUAAAAUUAGGGUACUAAAUGGUUUACAAAGAUGGUUACAGCUUGGUUUUGAGAUAAUCAAAUGAUUUUUACUUUAACUCCUAUUUUUUAAAUACUAGCUUUUAUUUGAAGAUGGAAGCUAAGUAAUGAAAGCAUUACUAUAUUUUUUACACUAAGCGGUACCAAUAAAGUAUUUUGUUACCAAAAGUUAAAUGAAAA